AUGGCACAGAAGUGCUCAAGCUCCUGUGACAAGGAUGUCAUCCUGAACAUUCUCAGUGUCCUCACUGACUUGCUGUCUUUGGGCACAGGACGGAGGAUUCACUACGUGGUCAGCAAGGGGGGCAGUGAGGCUCUGCUGCAGGUCCUGGCCACGGCUGCCCGGACAGAGCCACCCGACCAUGGCACCCUCCUGCCCCUGCUGCGCCUGCUGGCCAGGGUGGGCCAACGAGAUAGGAAGUUUGGGCAUAAAGUGCAGAAGGCAGAAGCCACUGAUAUAAUACUGAGCUUGACAAGAAGACACCUGGGCCACCACCUGCACCUUACCCACUGCCUCUGGGUCCUGAGGGUUUGUGCUUCUAAUGUUGCCACGGGAACUGUGCUUGGCAUCAAUGGAGCCAUGGAGCUGCUUUUCAAAGUCAUCACUCCCUACAGCAAGAGACACGUCAGGACGGUCAGGGCAGCCAUUGGGGCUCUGGCAGCUCUGCUGAAAUCAAAGUCAAACAGCCGCCGGGCAGUGAACAGAGGCUACCUGGGGGAAUUGCUGAGGCUCUACCAAGACUGGCACCGCAAUGAUGUCUCCAACAACUACAUUUACAUCCGUAGGGGUCUCCUGCUCUGCCUAAAGUACAUCACCAACAUCCAGCUGGGCAGGGAGACUUUCCUUGGUUCCCGGGGAAUGGAGAUUCUCUUCACAAGUGUGCAGGACUGUUUAUCCUGUAAAAAUCUGGAUCCUAUCAUAACUACUGCGACUCAUAUUCUGAGAAAGUGCUACCCCAAGGAGCAUCUGCCUGUGGUGACUGUAAGGAGUUCCUAUUCCUUCCCUCUUCCUGGGAAUGCCAGUGCUGAACCUCCAUGUGAGGGAUCUGAAGAUGACAGUGAAAGUGAAGGAGAGGAAGAGGAUGAAAAAGACUGGGAUAAUGAGGAUGUGGAGAGUAAAGAGGAAGAUUGUGACUUGGAGACAGAUGUGAAUAAAUUGAGGUCAAGGCCAGUGCUUGACCGGCCAGAACAGGAACUUGAAAAAUAUGAAGCUCUGUGUGCAGAACUUUUCCAGAAUUUUCAGGAGCUUGAAUUUGAGUCUGAGGAAAAGAAGAGCUUGGAGGACAGGACUGAGAGUCUUCCCUCUGCUCCCUCUCAUUUCAUUCCAAGUGCUACUUCUGUGAAGCAUCCAAACUGCAGAUGGAGAAACCAAAGUGUCACAGAGAUGGGACCAGAUCCAGGAGAACAGGAUUUCAAAGCCCCAUUGCAGAGCUGGAGAAAGAAGGAGGAAUGCAUAUGGGAUAAGAAUGAUGAAAACAGAGACAUUGCUGAAAAAGCCCAGGAUAAAGACUUCUGUGAGGAGGAAGAUCCAGCCAGGAGUGAUGUGUUUGCUUUGUGCUCUCUCCUAAAAGAUGCUACUUGGUACAAAAAGGUGUUUUACCCUCAUUGUGAGGCCUCGAUCAAUCCUAGUCCUGAAGGGAGGCUGGAGAGCUCCGAUAUGGUUAGAAACCUUCUGGAGAAACACCAAGGAUCUAUCCCAUUCCACAGCCCUUGUUUCUAUGCAGCCAGGGCCAAGUGUGUGAAGUCCAUCCCAGGCUACAGAGAGCUGGCAUUCCCGGAUUUCUGGGGCCACCAGCCACCUCCUUACAGCAAGCCCGUGCUGGAGCGCAAGCAUGGGCUCCAAAGAGACAAAGUCCUUGAUGAUGUUCGCCGCCUAAUCCAGCCGGGGGAUGUGAUAGGAAGAACAGUGUUUGAUUUAGAUGAUCCCAGUCUCUCCAGCCCAGCUGCUCCAGGCUGUCUGACAUUUUUCUCCAAAUUUGAGUCAGGAAACCUUCGGAAGGCGAUCCAAGUGCGCGAGUUUGAGUAUGACCUAAUUAUGAAUGCAGAUGUGAACAGCAGCCAGCACCACCAGUGGUUCUACUUCGAGGUCCGUGACAUGAAGUCAGCAGUUCCCUAUCGCUUCAACAUCAUCAACUGUGAGAAGCUCAACAGCCAGUUUAAUUAUGGCAUGCAGCUGGUGUUGUACUCAGUGAGGGAAGCUCUGCAGGGCAGGCCUCGCUGGAUUCGGGCAGGCCAGGAGAUCUGCUACUACAAAAACCACUACCGCUGCAGGAGUGCAGCUGCAGGAGGGAGUGUGAGGAGAAGGUUCUACUACACCCUCACCUUCAGCAUCAAGUUCCCUCACAAAGAUGAUGUCUGCUACCUGGCCUACCACUACCCCUACACCUACUCCACAAUGAUGUCCCAUCUUGAUAUCCUGGAACAAAAUAGGAACCCUAAGAAGGUUUACUGGAGGCAGCAGACACUCUGCCAGACUCUAGGAGGAAAUCCAUGCCCACUGCUCACAAUCACUGCCAUGCCUGAGUCUAAAAACAGAGAUGACCUGGAGCAGUUCUGCAGCCGUCCUUACGUGUUCCUCACAGCCCGCGUUCACCCUGGGGAGAGCAAUGCCAGCUGGGUGAUGAAGGGCACCCUGGAGUUCCUGGUGAGCAGUGAUCCCAUUGCUGAGCUCCUGAGGAAGUGUUUCAUCUUCAAGAUUGUGCCCAUGCUUAAUCCUGAUGGAGUCAUCAAUGGCAACCUUCGUUGCUCACUGAGUGGAGAUGAUCUCAACAGGCAGUGGCUGACACCCAGCUCCCAGCUGCAUCCAACAAUUUACCACGCCAAAGGUCUCCUCUAUUACCUGAGCAGCAUCGGCCGGGCUCCUCUGGUCUUCUGUGACUACCAUGGGCACUCCCAGAAAAAGAAUGUGUUUCUCUAUGGCUGCAGCAUUAAAGAGACCUUGUGGCAAGCAGGCUGCAUGGUUGACACAGCAGUUGUCACAGAAGAUGUUGGCUACAGGACUCUUCCCAAAAUCCUGGAUAAAGUGGCCCCUGCAUUUGUCAUGAACAGCUGCAGCUUCCUGGUGGAGAAGUCGCGGGCGUCGACGGCCCGUGUGGUGGUGUGGAAGGAAAUGGGGGUGCUCAGGAGCUACACCAUGGAAAGCACCUACUGCAGCUGCAGCCAUGGACUCUACAGAGGCCUGCAGCUGGGAACACAGGAGCUGGAGGAGAUGGGAAGCAAGUUUUGCCUUGGUUUGCUGAUUCUGCACCUCAAAUCCCUGCCCUGCAGCAAGGAGCUGAUGGCUCAGGCAGCACUCCUGCUGGAUCUGGAGGAGGAGAUCACAGACAGGGCACAAAGAAGGUGCAGUAACAGCAGCCUGGAGUCUGAUGAUGAACCUCCUUGUGCAGAAGAGAUUGAUUAUGACACUGCCAGUAGCUCUGAUGGUGAAGAGGAAUUCUUGGAGCUAGACCAAGAGAUCCAGGAGUGCCUCUCGUGUGUGGAAGGCGAGACAGAAGAUGAAGGAGUGACCACAGGACAGACAUGCAGCUCCAGGGCUCUGAGGGGGCUCUACAUUUCCAGCCAGCCAGCACCCAACAGCACAGCUCUUCCUCUGGGCUCAUCAGCACUUGGGCUGUGCCGUGGGUUUGAGAGCAGUCCCGUGUGA